UUUGAUGGACAUGAGUUUGAGCAAGCUCCAGGAGUUGGUGAUGGACAGGGAAGCCUGGUGUGCUGCAGUCCAUGGGGUUGCAAAGAGUCAGACACGACUGAGCGACUGAACUGAACUGACAAUGAGGAUCACCAUUUCUACAUCCUUUAAAUCCUUAAAGGUGGCACUAAUCUCAGCCAUACCCCCAGGAUGUAAUAUUUCUUUGGAUUUAGUAUCUUUGAUGAGUGAAGGUAAGGAUACAAUGAGAAGUCAGCAGCAUGUGACCCAGAGGAGGUUUUCACGAGAACCUGAUCAUUCCGGCACCCUGAUCUCAGACUUUAAGCCUCCAGAACUGCGAGAAACAAACAUCGUUGCUGGAGCCCCCUGGUUUAUGGGCCAUCUACUGUUGCUGUCUUUUUCUCCUUUGUGGGAUGGGGACCUGGCUACUCUCAGAGGUAAGCCCCAUCUCUCUACCUCUAUGGACCCAUUUGGAGACAGUGACAGUCACCACAAGGGCUUGGGGAUGGGAAAGGAGGGUGUGAUACACAGAAUAAUGGCCCCCCACAAAGAUGUCCACAUUCUAAUUCCCAGAACCUAUGAAUGUGUCACCUUACAUGGCAAAAGGGACUUGGCAGGUGUGAUUAAGAAUCUUAAACUGGGGAAAAUUAUCCUGGAUUAUCUAGAUGACCCCUAUGUAAUCACACAGAUCCUUAUAAAUGAAAGAAGGAGGCAGGAAAAUCAAUGUCCAUAUGACCAAAUUCUGAGUCAUAACAAAAUCUUAACAAAUUUAAAAGAACUGAAACAAUGCACAGUAUGUUCUCUGGCUGUAAUGGAGCUAUAUUAGAAAUCAAUGACAAAAAUAUCUGGUAAAUUUCCAAAUGUUUGAAAAUUAAAGACACAUAAAUAACCCAUGGGUACCUCAAAGCAAAUUAGAAAAUAUUUUUAAUUAAAUGACAAUUAAAACACAACAUAAUAGAAUUUUUGGUAUGCACCUAAAGCAAUGCUUAGAGGAAAAAUUAUGACAUUAAACGCUUAUGUUAGAAAAGACAGUUAUAGGAGAGGAAAAAGUUUCCCUUGACCCACUUAGUGGAAGAUUAGAUCAUUGAUGGGAGGCUUUGAUGAGGUUCCAGACAUGCUACUUCCAAAUAUGGCACCUUGGAUUUUGAAUACUUUAAGGUGAAGGCCUCUGAGAAAACAGCAGAAGUAAGGAAGUAACCCUGACCUUCCCCUAACCCUUCUCAGACUCCCCUGGCUGGGUCUGAAAAUUAAAAUGACAAAGACAUUCACAGGAGAAAAGUAUGCAAAUUUAUUUAAUAUGAAUUUUACAUACAAGGGAGCCUUCAUAAGGAAACGAAGACCUGAAGAAACAGACCUGAGUAGUUUUAUUCUAGGUCUGAUGACGCGAAGACAGAAAUAUGAUAGGAUCAGAGAGCACGUGGUAAGUGUAGUAAACUGUGGAAAGUUAGCAAGACCUGUUUGUUCAGAUGCUCCUUUCUUAUGGGUAUAGGGAAGGAACUUCUUAUAUGAGGGUAUAUGAUCUGUUUCAGGGAAGAAAGGCAGUGGGGAGGUCAGGGUUACUUCCAUACUUCUGCUGUUUUCUCAAAGUCCUUCAGCUUAAAGUAUUCAAUAUGGCAAGAUGCCAUAUUUGGAAGUAGCAUGUCGUGAACCUCAUUAAAGCCUCCCAUCAAUGAUCUAAGCUUCCACCUCAUGAAAUUAGAAACAGGCAAACUUAAGCCAAGCUGACGUAAGGCAAUAAUACAGAAAAUGAAUCAAGAAAACAGAAUAAUAAGAGGGAAAAAAUCAAUAAGGGACUUCCCUGGUGGCACAGUGGAUAGGAAUCUACCUGCCAAUGAA